GGUUCAACGCGCUACUCGACUUCUACAACGAGGUUUAUGCGACUGCAGCUAUCCCCAGUGACUGGAAUGCGGCCCUAAUGAUUGUUAUCCCCAAGGAGGAAUCACCCAAAGAGCCGGGGGCACUCCGUCCCCUCGCAAUGGGGAGCGCAGCCGCUAAGGUCUACAGCCGACUUCUCCUUGGGCGCACGGUGGAGUGGCUUGGGGUUGAAGAAGGGGCCCAGUGCAGCGGAGUUGGCAGGCAGCCGGCGGAGUACAUCUUUGGUAUGGCCAGGGUGAUGGAGCUUGAGGCGGAAUGGCAUCAGGGUUUGGUCGCAGCUAAGAUUGACAUUCGGAAGGCUUUCGACAUGUUGCACAGGCCAGCUCUCUUGCGACGACUCAAACAAGCACUUGGUGACGGGCCCACUUAUCGUAGCUGGCACAACAUGCUCAGUGACACCACAGCAACCCUGCAGACAGGAUGGGGUUGUUCCAAGUUGCAGUUGGAUCGAGGAAUACGGCAAGGCUCGGUGGAGAGUCCCAUCCUCUUUGGGUGGAUUGCCUCUUUGAUCUUGCAUGAUGUGAAGGAAUGGGCGGAAGAACUUGAAAAGCAUGGGUUGCUCUUGAACCCUGGCAAGUGCAAGGCUUACUACUCGCCCCACUGCUCCAGUUGCCCGCCGAUCCAUGUGCAUGGCACUCUGAUUCCCCGUGUGCCAGUCCUCGAGGUCAUGGGUAUCCAGUUUCGUGUGGGGGCUUCUUGCUCGGAACUCAUAGCUCCGCUCAUUGCCAGAGGCCGAGAUAAGUUUUGGUCGCUGAAGCACCUGUUUCGUGCACGGACCCCGCUUGCAGGUCGAGUAAAGCUAUUGGACAAGAUUGUUGGUGGGACGUCCUUGUGGCAUUAUCCGAAGCUCUCCAACCUCGAGAGGGACAUGGAUCAGGCGAUUCUUUGCCUGAUGUCGCCGCAGCGUGAAGUGCUGAAACUCGAGCCACAGCGCAAUCAUGAUGAUCUUUUCCAUAUG